CCAGUCCCGGAACUCAACCUCCAUAUAACCCCUGGCCGCCUUAAACCUCGCUCUUCUCACGUUCCUACGCUUGACCACCACUCCGAUCUCAUUGUUUGCGUUUGCAUCUCCUUCGCAGCGCAGCCUUAGAGAUGAUGUGUCCACCCACCAUCACCCACACGUUUGUCGUCCCAAUGUUCCUCCUCGGGUUGUACCAUUAUCAACACUGUCCAACCGUUAGCACCGGGCGCAAGCAAACUCGACAACACGCGUGCUGCGCAGCUGACGCAAGCGCGCGCUGUCGGUGGGCGAGGCGAGUGAUGGCUUUGUUGAGAGUGUGCUCUUUUCUUUCUGUCUUCUGUUUCUCUCUUUCUCAUGGCUAUCCAUCGCAAGGUAGAAGUGGGUUUGAAGAGUUUAUGAUUUCUUGGUUUGGUAUUGAUGAGGAUGGCCGAUGAGGAGCGAGGCUCUUGAUUGAUUGCGAUUCGUCUUUCUUGAAAGCUCUUGGUUUGGUUACUUUUCCUACAAUAUCACCCCUUUUU